UCUCACACAUCAAACCGCACUAUAUAACCGUCCUUCCUGCGUUUUGCCGCUUCAAAUUUCUUUCGUCUCAUUCAUAUUCAACCGUCAACGCCACAUCUCCUCCUUCGUCUCCGCCGCCGUCGAACUCCGAGGAAUUCUCUAUUGUGAGCACAAUGACCGAUCAGAAUCGACAUACAGCCGUUAUUAGUAAAGUAGCUAGCCGAUUACACCUCUCCCAAGAUGUUCGAACUCAUUAUAGUGCUUUUCAAAACCCUGCUGCAACUCAGAGACAAAUCACAUAUGGAAAUUGCCCAACUCCAGGGUUGCAGUCAUUGGUAGCUGCAAAUCCUUCUCCAGUUUUUGUUCAAGCUCCAUCUGAAAAAGGUAUGGCCGGAUUCGCGAUCGAUUUUCUCAUGGGUGGAGUUUCAGCAGCCGUUUCCAAAUCAGCAGCUGCUCCAAUUGAGCGUGUGAAGCUUUUAGUCCAAAACCAAGAUGAAAUGAUCAAAUCCGGUCGUCUCUCCGAACCCUACAAAGGCAUCGGAGAUUGUUUCUCAAGAACAAUCAAGGACGAAGGAGUCAUGUCGUUAUGGAGAGGAAACACUGUUAAUGUCAUCCGUUACUUCCCAACUCAAGCUCUUAACUUUGCAUUCAAGGACCAUUUCAAGAGGAUGUUCAACUUCAAGAAAGACCGUGACGGAUACUGGAAAUGGUUCGCCGGAAACCUCGCCUCCGGUGGCGCCGCCGGUGCGUCGUCUCAGAUCUUCGUUUACUCUUUGGAUUAUGCCAGAACUCGUUUAGCAAAUGAUGCUAAAGCUGCGAAGAAAGGAGGAGAGAGACAAUUCAAUGGGUUAAUUGAUGUGUAUAGGAAAACCAUUGCAACCGAUGGAAUUGCAGGGUUAUAUCGUGGAUUCAACAUUUCAAUUGUUGGAAUCAUCGUGUAUCGUGGUUUGUAUUUUGGAAUGUACGACUCAUUGAAGCCCGUUCUUCUCACCGGAUCUUUGCAGGAUAGUUUUUUUGCAAGCUUUGGGCUUGGUUGGGUGAUCACAAUCGGUGCUGGUCUUGCAUCGUACCCAAUUGACACUGUUCGCAGAAGAAUGAUGAUGACAUCGGGUGAAGCAGUUAAAUACAAGAGCUCUUUGGAUGCAUUUUCUCAAAUUAUAAAGAAAGAGGGUUCAAAAUCAUUGUUCAAGGGCGCAGGUGCAAAUAUCCUGCGAGCUGUUGCUGGUGCUGGUGUUCUUGCUGGUUAUGAUAAGCUUCAGGUUAUUGUUUUCGGUAAGAAGUAUGGUUCAGGAGGGGCCUGAUUCAAGAUUAGUGUUAUGUUAUUGUUGGAUAGUGAUGAAAAUUUUUAGUGGGUUUUGAAUAAAAAAAUUUGGGUUUUGGAUGGGAAUUUUAGUAGUUCCUGAAAUAUUUUUUUUAAGAGGUUAUUUUAGUAUGGUUUUGUUGUAUACCAUUGAUCAUUGUUCAAUUUUGUUUCUGUUUGUAUAAAAUGUUUGAAUGAUUUAUGUUGUUGGAAACGAAA